CACUGAUUGGCCGCGGCGAGUGCCGCGCGUGCGCAGUGGUGGGUGGCUGGCUCUGAUAAGAAGGGCGGUGGUGUGGCCUCUUGUCUGCGCGGCGCUCGCCCGCGCAGGACCGCAUUCCAGCACGCAGAGGGAGCUUCGCUCUUUGGCUUCAACACGCUAGGAUUUUCCUUUUCUGUGUGAAGCACAGUCACGAUGGAUCAAGAGUAUGUCCUUUGCACAUGGAAGAAGCGUUUAUGGCCAGCAAAGGUUUUGUGCAAAACUGGAAUUCCUAGGAAAACAUCUGUUAAUAAUGCAAAGGAGACCUCUUUCACAGUUGAAAUACUUGGCUUGAAAGAACGCAUCCACGUGAGCUGUGCCGAUGCUGUGCCACUGAAGGAGGAAUGUAUAGAAACCAUUGCCUCUAAGCUAGAUCAAAGAAAUAAUUCAAGUGAGGCUGUAGAAGAACUGAAAUAUCGCUGUUCUCUUAAAAUUGCCCUGGAUAUUUUGCAUCAAAAUGGCUCAGCUGGACCGGUUCCACCUUCAGAAGAAGGAGCAAAUACACCAUUAGCCCAGGAGAACAACACAGGAUCUCUCUCAUUAACUCCCUUACGUAGAGGUCGAUCACUCUUUAACCCUAAGGAAAAGGUAGAGCCUGAGACUUCCAAGAGGAAAAGAGAACAAAAAACCAGCCCCAACCUGGCGAUUGAGGCAAAAAAGCAAAAAUUGAAAGGUUCUUUUGUUUUGGAGGAGAGCACCAAAGCGCAUGGAAGUGGAACAAACACUUCCAAGUGUAGUACUAGGGGCUCGCAUGAGGUAUUGAACUCAGAUAGGCAAAACUAUAGAACACCAGAAUCAAAAUCACCUCCAGGACAGAAAAAUAUCAAGCCCAAGUUGGAGACAAAGUCCAAAUCAGGAAGUAAAAACUCCCUGAAGGCCAAGGAGGGAAAAAGUAAGCAAGGAAGAAAAUCCCUGAGAGGAUCAGAGCCACCUGUAUCAUGUAAGAAUGAUUUCCCUGAGGAUCAAGCCCAGUCCUGUGCUGAGGAAUGGUCUCCUCUGUCCAUCCCCUGCAAGCCUGACACUGUCAGAGCGACAAACACCAGGAGGCAACCUAGAAGGACGUUACAAGAUUCCUCUGGUCAAAGUGCCUUGGGUGGCUUGGAAAAAUGCAGCAGGAGUGAGACUGAAAGUCUAGCAAAGCAUUUAGAUGGAAGAAAAAAGUCAGCAAGUUUAAAACAGAUUAAUGGAGAACACGAAACUGGUGCAGCUGCAUCCUCGUACAGAAAAACUAAAUGCAGGAAUUGCCCCAAAUCUUCAUCUGGGCCUUCUGACAGCUUCCUCUUACAGCAUAAAGAGGAGGAAAAUAAGAACAACUCAUCUGUGGCUGUGAAUAAAGUAAAGCAGUUUCAGCUGCCUGACUUUGAGGAAGAUGAAGGACUGGAACCAUCGGACCUGUCUUCUAAGAUAGUUUCCCCAGAGAGUCUUUCUCGUCUCUCGCCUCUGGUAGAUGAAGAGGAGGAGGAUGAAGAACUUCCUAGUAUUUUAUCACAUCAAGAACCGCAGUCGAUUGAAGAAGGGAUUUUGGUGUGGUGCAAGCUGCGACGGUAUCCAUAUUGGCCAGCAGUGGUAAAAACGGUGAGGCGGAAGCAGAGGAAGGCAUGUGUGCUAUUCAUAGAAGGGAAUACAAAUAACAAGAAAAAAGGUUUCUCAGUGCCUCUCAAGAACCUGAAGCACUUUGAUUGUGAAGAAAAGCAAGACUUCAUAGAGCGAGCCAAAGAAGACUAUCGCCAAGAAAUAGAGUGGUGCAUUCGCCUGAUUUCUGACUAUCACAUUAGAGUAGGUUGCCAUUCUUUUACGGGAUCCUUCUUGGAGUAUUUUGCUGCCGAUAUCAGCUACCCAGUUAGGAAGGAAGCUUAUCAUGGUUCAGCCCAAAUGACCUUUCCAAACACGGCAGAGGAAGGUGUUGAAGAGUCCUCAUCAGAAACUUCACCUCAGAAACCCUGCAAGAAACUUCUUCCUGACAGGACGAGAGCUGCUAGGGAUAAAGCAAAUAAAAAGAUAGUGGAGUUCAUUGUGAAGACUAAGGGGGCCGAAGAACAUCUUUUGGCUAUUUUGAAAAGCAGGAAACAAUCCCGGUGGCUGAAGGAAUUCUUGAAUUCCAGUCAGUAUGUGACCUGUGUUGAGACAUAUUUAGAGGAUGAGGAACAAUUAGACCUUGUAGUGAACUACUUGAAGGAAGUAUAUAGUGAAAUAGACACUAAAAACCUGCACCAAAUACAUGGAGAUGGGAUAAAAUUCAUUUCGGAUGUCCUUCUGCCUGAAGCCAUCAUUUAUGCGAUUUCUGCUGUGGAUGACAUUGAUUACAAGAAGGCAGAAGAGAAAUACAUAAGAGGACCCUCUGUAAGCAAAAGAGAGAGAGAAAUAUUUGAUGAAGAAAUCUUAAGAAGAAAAAAGUGGAAGGAGGAUCAAUCAUCCCAAGACAGCGUCUGAGCAUCGGUGUCAGCGCCCUGAGUUACAGGCACUGGGUGUACACAAUGACAUCAUUAUUUGUAUAAAGAUGUAAUUCUUGCUUUCUAAAACCUGUGUAUGUUUCCAUGAGAUGUGGCUGUUACUCUACUGCGCUGCUCUCGGCCACAGUUGUGUCUGCAGUCCUGACUCUCGAUUCUGUGCCUCAGAGCUGCACAUGACUUCCCUGCUCCGGCUGUGUGGAACUUCUCCGUAAAAGAGGGUGCAAACCGUGUGGGAACACAGUGGCACGCCUGUGCCCCUUCCUGCUGGAACUUGUAAAGCUGCAGGUGUUUUUGCAGAGCUUUCUGAUAUCCCACUACAUUCUGUGUGGAUUAGUUUGGCCAAAUAUCUGAUGAAGGAAGGGCUGUGUCCUAAGAAAAGCAGGUACUGUUCAAUUACAUAGUCUGAUUUUCCUGCUGCUGAAUGCUUGCAGUAUUCCAAUCUGAAAACACCCCCAGUGGGUUGACUGUUCCUGCUUUACCUGUCUCAAAGUGUGGGCAAUAAAGCUGGUACCGCAUCAUACAACCGCAAUAAAGGCUUUGUGU